AUGAGGACGGGAAGCACCACCGGCGGCACGUCCUCGUCCUUCGCCUCCAGAAGAAGAGAAUUUUACGCGACUACUACUACUUCUUCGUCGUCGAAGAUGAUGAUGAUGCAUGUAAUGAAUAUGGAAAGGAGGAGCGGAUUAAAAAAAGGAGGAGAUAAAAUGACUCAUCAGCGGCGGCGUUUGGAAAAGACGACCACCACGAGCGCGUUCUUCUCCUCUCCAGCACCUCCCGCGGAAGAAGAAGAAGAAAAAGAAGAGGGGGAUUUUUUAACCUCGUCAUCGAAGAACUCGCUCUCCGUGACCGUGGAAAAUCCAUCGCCAUCAUCAUCGAUGAGUAAAAAUAGUAGAAAGAAUCAGUGCACGAAAGUGUUCGUCGAAGGCCCGAACCGACGAGGCGAGUUGGCGUCCAUCGCGUCUUCGCUGACCUCGUACGGGGUGGAUAUCAUCUUCGCCGAAGCCGAAGCGAUCGGCUGCGUGGUAGAUUACUAUUACGAUGCUGCUUCUGUAUCCACAAAGAAGAAAAAGAACGGUAGCGUUGCAUCGAACGAGUCGACGACGACGACGACGAGAAGCCCUUCGUCCUCCUCUUCUCAGGAGGAGGAGGAGGAGGAGGAGGAGGAGAUUUCGUGCGCGAAGAAUAUUUUUUGGGUGCAACUGAACGACAAGAUGCUGGACGAGACGCAACAGGAAGAUUUGCGCGCGUUCUUACAAGACUCGCUGCUACCGGAAAACAAUCCCACAAUCGACGGCGAGACGAGCACGACUCAAACGACCGAAGACUUGUUCAAAAAGUACACGCCGGAGUUGACGCCGGAAAAGUUGUCGGGGACAUACGUUGGAACGACGGAGAAAGUUCUCGCGAAGAAUAAAGAGCAAUUAUCCACGAUGCCGAAUAUUUAUGGACAAGCGGCGAUGAGCGAGUUAAAAUUGCUCCGGAAGAAACCAAACGCGCGACAGUUAUUGUCGUCAGAGGCGAGAAAAGAGUCCGAAGCGGUUGUGCGAAGCGCGCAGCAGUUGGAAUUGGCCGCCGCCGAACUUGCCGCUUCUGCCGCUGCGCUCGUUUCAAUCGAACGUAAAUCCGCGCAGCUAGAGUGCGAUAUGUUCGACGAAGAAGGUAAAAUUUUGUCGAAAGAAGCGGAAGAAGAGUGCAUGAAAGUAGAUGAAGGAAGAAGCGAUCUGCGCGCACUCUUUGAAAGAAGAAUGGCGGCGAUGGAAGCCGCGCUCGCGACGAGAGAUCGGGUUAGAGAUAGCAUGAGAAAACCGUUCGGGGCGAACGGCGAGAAAUCAAAAAACGCGUACGAAGAUGCUGCCGCAGCCGCUGCGUUGAGACCGCCGGAUUCCCCAUCGAUAACUGUUGAUGCGGACUUUCUAGCCUCCGAAGCGUUUCAGAAGUUCGCCGAGGAAACGGACACGGUGGUGCCGUACUUGGACGAUUUGGAUUUACGACGAACCAGAGCACAACGAAUAUCUCCCACGAAGGAGCUGAAAGAAGCUUUAGUCGACAAGCGUUUGAUCGAUGUCAGAGAAAAUGCAGUAAAGGAAGAGGAACUCACGGUGACGCAACCGCCACUUUUUUCGCCGCUCGCGAGACCUUUGCCCUCCACGCCGUGCGGAAACGGAAAGGAAAUUAUUCUGCAAGGAUUCAAUUGGGAAUCGUGUCGCUCGGGCGAGAAGUUCUCUCAAACGUGGUACGACCGCAUCAUAGAAGAGUCUUCGGAUAUAGCCAGAGCUGGAUUUACCGCGGUUUGGAUGCCACCACCGACGACAUCCGUUUCUAAAGAAGGAUACAUGCCGACUGAUUUUUACAACUUGAACACGUUUUACGGUUCCGAAGAAGAGUUGAAGGAGUGCGUGAAAACACUGAACGAAAAAAGCAUAACUGCGGUCGCGGAUAUCGUAAUCAAUCAUCGAUGCGCGACUCAGCAAGAUGAACAAGGACGGUGGAACAUUUACGAAGGAAAAUUGGCUUGGGAUCAGUCGGCGAUUUGCUCGGGCAAUCCCGCGUUUGGCGGCACCGGGAACCCGAAGACGGGGGAAGAUUACGGUCCGGCGCCGAACAUCGACCACAGAAACGAGUCCAUCCGAAACGACAUAAAAGAGUGGCUAAACUAUUUGAGAGAUGAGAUUGGAUUCCGCGGUUGGAGAUUUGAUUUCGUUAAAGGAUAUAACGGGGUGUAUUCCGGCGAGUACGUAGAAGCGACGAGACCGUUUUUAGCUUUUGGAGAGUUUUGGGACACGUGCUCGUACACGGACGGUAUUUUAGAGUACGAUCAAAGAAAUCACAGACAACGAACGUGCAACUGGGUGGAUGCGUCCGGUGGUAACACAGCCGCUUUCGAUUUCACCACAAAAGGUGUCUUGCAAGAAGCGUGCGCAAAGGGAGAAUAUUGGAGGUUGAUGGAUCCAGACGGUCGACCGCCUGGAUUGUGCGGCAUAUGGCCGUCACGAGCGGUGCUCUUCCUCGAAAAUCACGAUACCGGAUCAACUUUACAGCAUUGGCCGUUUCCAUCACACAAAUUGGAAGAAGGCUACGCGUACAUUUUGACGCAUCCUGGAACGCCGACUAUUUUUUACGACCACUGGACUGCUAAAGAAACAGUCAUGGUUGAUGGGACGCAGGCGGCGAACGGACAGUUACGAGAGUGUAUCGAAACACUCAUUAAAAUACGAAAGCGAGUUGGUAUCUCUUCUCGAAGCGCGAUACAGAUCAUGGACUCUAUCAAUGCGGCCAAAGGUUACGCCGCACGCAUCGGAGCGCGCAGAAACGUUAACUCGACGAACAAAGUCACCGAAGGCGCGUCUUCGGAUCUCGAUCCUGACGAACCGUCCAUCUGUAUGAAGAUAGGAUACGACGAAUGGUCACCGAAUCAAACUCAAGUCGGUGGUCGAGAAUGGAAAUGCGUGGCAUCUGGAGAAGGCUGGGCGGUUUGGGAAGACAAGGCGUUUAUGAGCGAAGAAGAUGCGUUAUGA